AUGUUCGAAAACACGCUCAUCAACAUCUUCUACCACACGCUGGGAGGUUUGGGGACUGUCGUAUCGUUAUUCUGGAUGUAUCUGAUCGUCAAAAAAUCACCCGUCGAGAUGAAGCUGUUCAAAUGGGUGCUUUUCAGAUUGGCGCUGUGCGACGAAUGCUUUUCCCUCGGUAUGGCCGUCCUGUUGCUCCCCGAGCUCUGCUUCCCGGUCCCAGCUGGCGCGGUUCACGGGAUUGCUGGUUAUUUUGGAGACCUUGGGGCGAAACUGGCGGUGAGCUUCGUCUUCUUCUCCGGCGUCAACAUCUUCACCGCGAUCAAUGGGGCCUUGUAUGGCGUCAAAUCGAGUCUCUCUGAAAAGACCUUCAAAGCCCAUCAACAAAUGCUAAUGAUGAUCGUGGCACAGAAUAUCUACCCGCUCUUCGGGAUCAUGAUCCCGGUCCUGACAUUCGUUGUCAGCUACGCAAUCGACCAGUUGACGCUCGUAUCGAACGCAUUUUAUAAGCACACCUUCUUGGUCUUGCUGCUCAUCUACCCGUUGAUCAGCUUCUGCUGCUGCGUGGCGUUCAUGAAGCCGUACCGCGACUUUUGCUUCCCAUGUUUCGCCGCAAAGGUCGAGGACUCGAGGGAACCAACCCGGUCCGAUACCGACGAUGCGAUUCGCCGGAUUGAGGAGCGCCGCGGAAACUUUUUGGAU